AUGACACACCAAACCCAUGCAUACCAUAUAGUUAACCCUAGCCCUUGACCAUUAACAGGGGCCCUAUCAGCCCUCCUUAUAACCUCAGGCCUAAUCAUGUGAUUCCACUUUAAUUCAACCCACCUCCUACUACUGGGCCUUAUAACCAACACACUAACUAUAUAUCAAUGAUGACGAGAUAUCGUCCGGGAAAGCACAUUCCAAGGCCAUCACACCCCAACCGUCCAAAAGGGCCUACGAUAUGGCAUAAUCCUUUUCAUCGUAUCCGAAGUAUUCUUUUUCGCAGGAUUUUUCUGAGCUUUCUAUCAUUCCAGCCUAGCACCUACCCCCGAACUAGGAGGAUGCUGGCCCCCCACAGGAAUUACACCUUUAAACCCACUAGAAGUCCCUCUACUAAACACCUCAGUACUAUUGGCAUCAGGCGUAUCAAUCACCUGAGCCCACCACAGCUUAAUAGAAGGAAAUCGUAAACACAUACUUCAAGCCCUAUCAAUCACUAUCCUCCUAGGCCUAUACUUCACACUUCUACAAGCCUCAGAGUACUACGAAACCUCUUUUACAAUCUCCGACGGAAUUUACGGCUCCACUUUCUUUAUGGCUACAGGAUUCCACGGACUACACGUGAUUAUCGGCUCGACCUUCCUAACCGUAUGCUUCCUACGACAAUUAAAAUUCCAUUUCACAUCCAACCAUCACUUCGGAUUUGAAGCUGCUGCCUGGUAUUGACAUUUCGUAGACGUCGUAUGACUAUUCCUAUAUGUAUCUAUCUAUUGAUGAGGAUCAU